UGUUUGUAAAAUCAUUAAAAUAAGUGGGUUUUCAAUCAACGACAAUACAUUGCAAAUAUUGGGAUCUAUCUUAAUGAAUAUAUAUGUGAAUAAUUCCGGACAACUGAGUAAGUUUUGUUUAAAAAUCCAAGGAAGACUUGAAGGGAAUGUCACGGGGAGCACCCGCUGGCUGACACUGAAUACCAGUACUUAUUAGCACGAAAUCACGUUAGCACUCCUGUAAUGUAUUCAAGCACUACUUUGUUAACCUUUGCAAAUAUGGCGAAAUGAAGUACUAGUAAGUGAGGAAAUAAAAAUAAUUGUUUUGUUUAUGUAGAGCAUCAUAGUGCCAGUGUAGUAAAUUCGUCAGAAAUAAUAGCUUUAGAUUGUCUUGAAAUCUGUGCAUUUAGUCGCAUCUUUUACCUGGAUAGGUUUAACCAUGCUUCGAAAGAAGCGCCUGAGAUUAAAAGACAUUCAAAGUUAGAAACCAUUUAGGUAUUAGUUUUUUUCAAGAUAAAUGUUGUAAUUUUACAACAACUUGUAUUGUUUUUAUUAAACUGGAGAUUUUCAUUUAUAUUAUAGUGAAGUAAAUACCAAAACAUAUUCAUGGAUUAUGCGAAUAAGUUUAUCCUUUUUUAUUUUAAGAUACGAAACUAUAAUUUAAAUAUUGUGAUAAAACCAAAAUGGCUGGCAUCGUGUUGAACAAGCUGAAAGAUCUACAACGGCCUUGUUUGGUGGUUCGGACUUGUGCCACUGUGUUGCAAAUGAGACACAAAUCCGCCAGAAAGUUUUUCAGGGCUCGAGAAUAUCAGAACUGGAAAAAGAAAAGAGAUGCUGACAAAACUUGGGCUGAACCUUUACUGGAGUACCAGAAAAUGCUUGAGAAUGGGCCACCACCACCAGAAAUUGAGCCUGCACCCCUCCAUGCUGUGAGCAGAAUUCGACCUGUGAAGGGAGUCCCAUGGUGGGAAAAACAAGCCUUAGAAAGACUAGGGUUAUUGAACACAAAGAUGAAUGAAUUGACAGUUCAUAAGAACACGCCUGGAAUCAAUGUGGAAUUGCGCAAGGUAAACCAUCUUGUAAAAGUUGUACCAGUGAGAUUUCCUCAUGGUCUCCCUGAAGAUCCUAGUGACUUUGACCAUGCAAAAUUGAAGUCAAAUGGAGAGUUUGUAGUUAACAAAUCUCUGAAGCCACAGCAGGCUGCAGAGAUCAACAAUGACGAAUAUAAUGAAAGAAGAAAAUGGUCCCUCGAUGGGGACACUAUACGGAAGGAAAUGCGUAGAAAACUGGAAAGGAAAGCAAUGCACGACGAAUAUUAUGUUGCUCAAUACAGCUAUCAUUACAAUCAAGAUGGCAAAGAGGAAAAAUAUGACCGGUGGACCAAGACUGUAAAAGGAAAAGAAGAGAAGAAAAAGACACCACUGCCUUCUGCAGUACCUAGACCUGGUUUUAAUACAUGAAACUAAUUUUGUGCACCUUCUAUUGCAACAUGACUGUUCUAGCAUGAUAAAGAAAGGUACAUGCAGAACUAAGAAAAGAAAAGAGGGAAGUACUUUUUACUAUCUCCAUGGAUGAAGUUAGGACAAUGAAUGCCAUUUAUGACAUGUAACUAGAACACAAUGGAAUGCAAUGAUACUAGUAUUAGGAUCACCCACAUGAACAUCAAAGAAAUAAAUCUG